AUGGCAAUAAGAACAGAGGCAAUCUACCUAAACGAUGCCUCCCUCCGAACAUGGACAACAGAGGUCGUCUCAUCGCAAUCAAUAACCACCCUCUCAGAAGCAGAGAAAAGUCUAGCAAAGAAUAUUCCUGCAGACUACAGCGCGGUACUAAUGCGCCAAACAAUCUUCUAUGCCCAAGGCGGCGGCCAGCCCAGCGACAGCGGUGCAAUCGGGCCACCAGACCAGGAAGCAACUUUCUCAGUAUCAUUAGUUCGCAAAACUGCUGAUGGGAAAUACCUCCAUUUUGGAAAAUAUGCAGAUACAUCUUCUACUUUCAGUCAAGGACAGCACAUUAUCCAGAGGGUUGAUGACGCGAAGCGCAAUUAUCAUUCGCGUUUGCAUACUGCUGGACAUAUUGUUGGAUUGGCGAUGCAGAUUCUUAUGCCGGAGAUGAAGAAGGUGAAGGCGAAUCACUUUCCCAGGGAGGCGUCUAUGGAGUAUCAGGGUCUACUGUACAACGAGAAUAAGCCUGUUGUCCAGGAGAAGGUUGAUGAGUUGGUGAAACGGGAUUUGGAGAUCCUUAUUUCUUGGGAGGAGGGCUGUAAGGGGUCCGGGGAGGUUGAACAGGAAGAGGAGGGUCGGUCUUUUGAUGGUCGGACGAGGAUUGCAAGUAUUGGUGGGCUUGAUCAUAAUCCUUGUGGUGGGACUCAUGUUGCGACGACGGGGUUGGUUGGGGGUAUUGUCAUUCGGAAGAUUAGUCGGCAGAAGGGAAUUAGUCGGGUUUCUUAUGAUGUUUUACCUGGGAUUGAGGGAUAG